UUGCUUUGAGAAAGUACUUCUAGGUCAUUUAUUUAACUCAAUCCUACCGAAGUCGUGACUAUUCAAGACUUUAAAGUAUCCUUCGCGCUGAAUUUUAAGAAUUCAAACUUAACCAAAUUAAUGAAUGUUAAAUACUACUAUUGUCAAGUACCUGCGCAUGGACAUUUUGUAGAAUAAAGAUGUGUGAACGUAAAAGGUGAUGUCGAUGCCAACACAGUAUCGCGCUUCUGUAAAAAAUAUUUUCCUUACACACGAAAGGAGCCAAUAAAGAUACUCAUUGGGAAAAACUGAAAUUUGUCACUAAUCUUUACGACCAGCUACAUUUGCGCAGACUGUCAGAAGUUCCGUGGUUCUGACACGGCAGAACAGUUAAAUAACAGUCCAGUAUUAACUUUCCUAAACCAGAGACAUUUCUAUAGAGAUUUUUGCCUAAACAUCCGACUCUUUCAUAUGAACAGUUUCUAAUGAUAUUGCUAGCCUAAAAUAUUUUCAUGAAGACUACCGCAACAGCAGUUUAUUCGAAGGGUUCAAUUAAUAAGCACACGCUUGGUAGUAAUUAAAUAAAAAUAGAAAGAUCAAAAGUAGCACGAUGUCUGUAUAUUUUGCGCCGUUUCCUUUGUUAAACGGGUGUUUAUUGAUUGGAUGAUUUUCUCGCAGAUAGGAGACUAAUUAAAAAAAAAAGUAUAAAAAGGUAGUUUGGGUCUUUGAGCUUCAUUCUGAAUCCUGAAGUCUUCUGACUGGUACAGAAAAUUAGUGAAAACUGAAACAUGAAGGUUUGUGUUAUUCUGGUUGUCGUCGGCAUAGCCAUGGCGAGUGCGGAAUACGACCGCAGAGAAGCCUCUCCGGGUUGGGACGACUGGUCAGCCAAAGAACGCAGAGAAGCCUCUCCAGGUUGGGACGACUGGGCAGCCAAAGAACGCAGAGAAGCCUCUCCAGGUUGGGACGACUGGGCAGCCAAAGAACGCAGAGAAGCCUCUCCAGGUUGGGACGACUGGGCAGCCAAAGAACGCAGAGAAGCCUCUCCAGGUUGGGACGACUGGGCAGCCAAAGAACGCAGAGAAGCCUCUCCAGGUCUCCAGUCACCAUAGGCCUCCGAAAGGCACAGGCUUGUUGGUGUUGUCAAAUGCGACAGUUAGCCUGCAUGCAAAGUAUUUCACUACACGAGAAGGCUCUUUUCUAGAUUAAAAAAAAAAAAAAUCAGUCGUUAAGUUGCUCAAUCUAGACAGUCCCCUUCUCAUCUCGACUCGAAAAGUAACAAUGUCAUGGAAAAAUCCAGUAAACAAAUCAAUAAAGGUGAGAGACAUGUAUGA